CGUAAACAUUCGGACAGUAUAAAGCAUUUUAAAGGAUAAAUGAACCAAGGGCAGAUACCUUGAGAGAGUUUAUUAUCUCGCUUCUCAACUCUCAGUGGCCCUUAUGAGAUUUUCAAAUUCUCCCCUAUAGUAAACAUUCAUAAAUUAAAAGCGAAAUCCAACGAACUUAGGGCAGGAGCAACCUCAACAAAUGGAAGCUAUUCAAACUAUGUAUACGGACAUUUUGUGGAAGACAAUAAAACCUCCCAUUCCAGUGCAAUUGGAAACGUCCUGUCGUUUGUCACCGCGCUUUGGUUUCUUGUCCUAAAAGGCAUCAGGAUAAGAAUAGCGCUCGGAACCGAAUUGACUCCAUUGAAUGGAAUCCCUGAUUUAUCAUAAGCAUGACGCAAACUAGAAUAUGAGUAGAAUCCACAGGGUGCGUGUGUAUGAAGAUGUCAACGUAUAAUGAAUUUGGUAAAGUUGUAGUCUUUUGAAUCAAAGAAGAAGUAUCCAUGGAUAUGCAAAAAUAAACUUUCUUGAAUCCUUGUCACAAUGCUAAACAUAUUCCAAAAGGAUAGUACACAUAUAUAAAAAUAAAUCAAGUAUACACCUACCCAACAGGGAAAAUGGCAUUCUCCAACUCGCAGCGAAAGAAACUGAAGAGGGAUAAAGAAUACCUCCCCCCGCUGAGCGAUGGCCCUUUCGGGACCUUUCCCACGUCCCAGACGGGGGGCCGCGACAGGCCCUAUGUCACGUGCGCCGCAACGGCCGCGGUUGGGCGCCACAAACCCGGAGCCCACACGAAGUCCGCGGGGGAAUCCUCGACGGCGGCCACCCCCUCCAAAGAGAUCCUUGUAAGCCAUACCGGGACGGGCGGUAUGACGGCGAGCAGCUUAGUGGGAUUCGGGGCCGAAGAAUAUUCCCUCCGUGAUGGUCGGUUUGGCGAUCCAAAGGGGCCCGCGAGGACGGGGGUCUUUUCAAAACAGGUCAUCCCACCGACGGACUUCAGGCGUCACUAUGAACGAGGCGACCUUCCCCUUUCCAUUCAACACGCCACACAACGCGUGUUGCAAUGGAAAGUCGAAGUGAAAAAGUUAGAUUAUCACUACUAUUUGCCCAUUUUUAUGGAUGGCCUGCGGGAGUUGGAGGAGCCUUAUAGUUUUGUAGCACUACGGGGUACUAUUGAUCUUUUGGAACUAGGCGGAUCAAAGAUACUGGCAACCAUUCCACAGCUUAUUGUUCCACUAAAGACCGCCCUCAACGUGCGGCAUCCAGAGAUUUUGGUAAAAGUCAUGAAGGUCUUGAAGCAACUCUUGGUUAGCGGGGAGUAUGUGGGCGAGGCGUUGGUGCCAUACUACCGUCAGCUCCUUCCGGUCCUCAAUAUUUUUAAGAAUAGGAGCAGGAGUACGGGUGAUCGCAUGGACUUUGGACAGUACAAACAUCGUGAUAUUACGGGCUUGAUAAACGAGACGCUGAACAUGCUAGAGAAGUACGGGGGUGAAGAUGCAUUUAUUAACAUCAAAUAUUUGGUCCCGACGUACGAAUCUUGUAUGUAG